AUGAUGCCCUUACGCUUUCCAGACAUUGACUUAGACAAGGAGCAGAAUCGUUUGGCCAAGGAGAAGAAAGACCUUCCAAACGUUGACAAAGACAAGGAUAACCACACAUUUACAUCAACGGGAUUAUCCUCUGGAUUUACUGUCAUUGGAGUUACCACCAUUGAUACUACUGUGGGUUGGGACACGGCCGACAGCAAGACCCAGUCCAUGAGCGAGACUCAACCCACGAAUGAGACCCAAUCCACAAGUAAGACUCAAUCUACGAGCGAAAUCGAAUCCACAAGCAAGAUGUCGACAUCCGAUGAGCCCCUGACGUUUACAAAGACGGUCUCUGCCCCUAUCGGCGGCAAUCUACCAAUCCAGGAGUCCAAGGUCGUAUCCAUCGUCAUGUCUACUAUCACUCAUGAAUUCACGUCAACAGUAACCGUCGACCAUAGCGUUGAGUUGGAACCGAGCACCGUCUGGAUAACCAGUAUCAGUCCAGCUACAGACAUACCCCCUCCUACCACAUCUGACACUACACCAUCCCCCAGUUCUCCCCUGAGUACCAUCGAGCUGAUUGGCGUCAUAAUCGGUACCAUAUGUCUACUGUUCAUGAUAUGCUGCUUCCCAUUGAUAUUAUUUAUGCGACGUCGACGUUCUUCUACACCGUCAGGUAGCCAGAACAACAUCAAUGUCACAGUCGGCAACGGCGAGUGUUCUCGGUGGUCGCACUCAGAGGACUCACGACCAACUCCGAUGCCAGCGUCUUUGUAUUCGCAGGAAGACGCGGUCAAGACAGAAGUCUUGAAGAGACCUGUUCGCGUUUUAAGUCCACCGCCUCAUUACGACGACUACUGGAAGGGAGAGAACGACGGGUAUGAGAUGGGAGUCAGGGAGACUGCGGGUGAAGCUUCCGGGUCAAACUAUGCUCAGGAGCAGCACUACUAUGAUCCGAAAGGCAAAGGAAAGGCGCGCGACGAUACCUGCAUUUGA